ACGUAAUUUAACGAUGUUUUUUGAUGUUUCAACACGAUUAGUGAAUCUCAAUAAACAUAUGUUCGUGCUUCAUUUCAAUGGCAGUCUUUUGUCAAUGACAAGUCGGUUGUGACUUUUGUAAUUGCUAUUAAAGCAAUUAUCUGUCCGCUGUUGUAUAACUGCAGGUUAUGUAAUUUUUGUAAUUUUUAAGAAAUCAAUGGUUCUCGAGUUGAGGGAUCUUAAGAGGGAUAAAAAUGAAUUAUUGUAGAGUGGAAUAUCGAGAACAUAUCGCAUCUGACGCCAUGUUUUUACGUAUGACACUUUCAUGUCAAGUGAACAGAUAUGAUCGAUAUAUCGCAAGUCAACUUUUGAAGAGAGAGGAUAAAUACUUGAAUAUUCGAAUAGUAAGUACAAGUAAGUGCUUUGUAAGUAGAUAUGUAUCUACUAUGGCACGCUCAGGGCUUGUUCAUCGAUAGUGUCAUACUUUCAUUGACCUUUUCAUCUAUUGCGCAUUGGUUUCUUUCCAUACCGCGGAUACAAACAUAUACUUAAUUCCUACCUAACCUAAUUUUAUUGUACGAUAAGUUCUGUGAAAGUUUCACAAAUCGUAAGCUGUAUAAAAGAUCUUGGUAUUCAAUAAAAACUGUGAUUUGUAUGGUAUACAUUUACGGUUACCAUCAAGUUUUUAUUUCGGUAAAAGUUUCAUGUUCAAGAAUUAUCAGCCACGAUUAAGACAAAAACGUAAGAACUCGUUUCACGGUCUGAAGGUUGCACGGUCGAGGAACAAAUUAUUGGUAAAUACUCCAAGAAAAGAUACGUACAUAGACGUUAAUUUAGUUUCUAAUUACUAACACUUUGUUAAAUAAAAACUUCAUACUUGUAAAACCUGGUAUUAUAAAUUUUAGAAAAAAACAAAACUUUGGAAAUGAACUUAUGGUCCGCAGGUGGUACGCGAUAG